UUAUUUUUUUAAAAACCUCUGCCUCAGCAUUACCAUUUCCUCUCCUCUCUCUGUUUCGCCAUAGAAAAAUUGUCGGAACAACGAACACUCAAACGAUUACAUUCCCUAUGAAAUCCUAAAUUCUCUCGAAAAUUUCUCUCUAUUUCUCUUUGUCAAAUUCUUGUUCCUUAGAUAAGAGAAGAAGAGGUAAUCCAAUUAACGGGAGGAGAAAUGGGAGCUUGUGCGACUAAGCCGAAAGUCGACAGCGGCAAGGCUCCGGCGCCGGUGCCGGAGAAGAAUGUUGAGGAGAAGGAUGUUUUUGUUGACACUGUAGCCUCUGUUGAAGCUGAGAAGACAUUUGAGGAAAACCAGAGGGAUAAAGGCAAGGAAGUUGUUGACGACGAUAAAGUGGAUGAUCAGAGUGUUAAACGCCGCUCUCUUAGCCGCUUGUUUAAGGAGAAAGAAGGGGUGAACCAAUUAUGUGAGAGGCCAGCAGGGGAAACAGAGAAACUGGAGUCUAUAGAGACAGAAAAAGAUGGGAAAGAAUCUGGGACAAAGGUACCUCAAACUGAAGUAGAAACCCAAAAGUGUACACAAGAACCUGAGACAAAGGUGCCUCAAACGGUAGUUGAAACUGAAAAAUGUAUAGAAGAACCUGAGACAAAGGCGCCUCAAACUGUAGAUGAAACAGAAAAAUGCAUAGAAGAACCUGAGACAAAGGGGCUUCAAAUUGUAGUCAAAACCGAAAAAUGUAUAGAAGAACAUUUGACAAAGGCGCCUCGGGCUGUAGUAGAAACCGAAAAACAAGUAGAAGAAGUUGAGAUAAAGGUGCCUCGAACUGUAGUAGAGCCUGAAAAACAUGCAGAAGAAUCUGAAGUAAAAGCACCUCGAACAGAAGUAGAGACUGAAAAAUCUGAAAUUCCAGCUGAAAAACAUGCUGAAGAAUCUGAAGUAAAAGCACCUCAAACAGAAGUAGAGACUAAAAAAUCUGAAAUUCCAGCUGAAAAACAUGCUGAAGAAUCUGAAGUAAAAGCACCUCGAACAGAAGUAGAGACUGAAAAAUCUGAAAUUCCAGCUGAAAAGAUACUGAUCACUGAUGGUCCUACAACUUCUGCGACCGUUCCCGACGAGAAAGUAACUAUAACCUCACCAUCUGACGUCGAGCCAAUAAGCGAAACACCUGUGGAAAAGACAUCAGAGAAUGUAAAAUUGCCCAAAAAAGUUGAGAAACCUGAAGCAGUAACAUUAGUUGAAGCAACACCAGAAAAACAUGAGAGUACAACAUCUGAGCAGAAGAAAGAAGAUAUCAGCAAUAUCGGGAAGACCGAGAUGGAGACAACGAAAGAAAGGAGUACCGAACCAGCACAGAAAAACGAGGAAGCCAAGUUAAGUAGUGAAGAAAAAAGAAGUUGAAGUACAGAAAGUAUGAGUGUUUAAAUUUAUUCUGUGGGAGAAACUUUGGCCAAAGAAGAAGUAGUGGAUGGAAUCUGGGAUGAUCAAGAAGAGUUUAGAUUCGUCAUGAAGGUAAGUUCUUGAGAGGCUUUGUUUCUAUUGUUUUGUUCUAUACAUGAUUUGUUGGUUUUUGAUUGAGUUGCAUAUUCAGUUUGCAUAGACAUUUGAGUUUGAGAGAUUAGUAUAAACAUAGAACGUUGUGUUUUAAA